ACGCAAAAUCCAAAUGUAGAUCUGACACGCCUCACCCUUCUCUAACUACAAAAUCCCUUCCCUCCUUCACCUUUCAUCGUCUGUAGGUUUCUCUUUCUCAAACCAUGUUACAAUCCUCAGAGCUCCCAGAUUGCUUCUACCCAAACAAACCCACCUCGAUCAGCCCAAAAUGGCCCACCCCAAAUCACACCCUCUAUCUCUCUAACCUGGACGACCAGAAAUUCCUAAGAUUUUCAAUCAAAUACCUCUAUCUCUAUAGAAAAUCCAUACCAUCCGACACCCUCAAAUCCUCCCUCUCAAGAGCCCUUGCUGAAUUCUACCCGUUGGCUGGCAGGCUCAGAAUCAGUAGAGAUGAUGAGGAGAAGCUUGAGGUGGAUUGCAAUGGAGAAGGUGCUGUCUUUGCUGAAGCCUUCAUGGAUUUCAGCGCCGACGAGUUUCUAGAAGCUUCUAGACGCCCCAACAGGUCUUGGAGGAAGCUCUUGUAUAGGGUUGAGGCUCAGAGUUUCUUGGGUGUUCCUCCUCUUGUAGUUCAGGUAACGAACCUGCGCUGCGGAGGCAUGAUCCUGUGCACGGCGAUUAAUCAUUGCCUCGCCGAUGGAAUCGGCACCUCCCAGUUUCUCCAGGCGUGGGCCCACUUCACCACCAAACCCAGCGCCGAUCUAGCCAUCACAGCCGUCCAUUCCCGCCACGCGCUUCGGCCCAGCUACCCUCCCAAAAUAACCUUCCCACACCCGGAAUUUACCAAGUCUACCCCUCACGACACGCCAUUGGACCUCACCCAAUACCUCCUAUCCCAGCCCUUGGUCCCCACCUCCAUAACCUUCACCCCCUCCCAUAUCCUACGCCUCAAGAAGCUCUGCGUCCCCUCGCUAAAAUGCACCUCCUUCGAGGCCCUCGCCUCGCAUGUGUGGCGUACGUGGGUCAGGACCCUCAACCUACCUCCCGCCCUCAAAGUCAAACUCCUCUUCUCGGUGAACGUCCGUAAAAGGCUCAGACCCGAGCUCCCGCAAGGGUACUAUGGGAACGGGUUCGUGCUAGGAUGCGCCGAGACCACUGCCCGGGAGCUGGUCAAUGCUAACGUGCGCCAUGGCGUGAAGUUGGUGCAAGAGGCAAAAGGAUCGCUGACCGACGACUACGUACGGUCCAUGAUCGAUCUUUUGGAGGAGAGGCGGACCAGGCCCGAUCUGUCGGCCAGCUUGGUGAUCUCUCAGUGGUCUAAGAUGGGAUUGGAGGACUUGGAUUUUGGUGAAGGGAGGCCACUCCACAUGGGUCCUUUAGCCAGUGAAAUCUACUGCCUGUUUUUGCCGGUGAUGAGCGAUUUCAAUGCCGUUACAGUGUUAAUGUCAAUGCCGGAGAGCUUGGUUAGUAAGUUCGAGUAUCAUAUGAGGGAUUUUUCUGAGAGAGACGAUAAAGAGCGGGAAGAAAAGGAUGGUUGUGAUGGAAACGACUACAUUUGAAUUCGGUAGCCGUUAUCUUUUUUUCUCCCCGCUUGUAAAGAGUUCAAAAUCCUAACGGUCGUUGGGGUCUUUGGAAUUUCAAUUCCUCGGCAUUUACUCGGACUUGUAUUUGAAUUAACCGGCUGUAUUUGUUGGUGGGUUCCACUUGGUUGAAUAUUUUAAGAGAAAAACUUCAAUA